UAAAUUCUCUGUUCAUGAUUCAGUACUUUUUGUUUGCACAGAAAAUGUUCUGACUAAUUUAUCUUGGAAGUGAAUUUUUAAGAUUUGUGUUCGCUCUUAUCUUACUAGUCUCACAAGAGGUGUUCAAAGUACUGCAGAGCUCAAAAUAAAUCUAAUUAAUAUCCUAAAACAUUAUGAGUUAUGUUAGCAGUGACUCAUCUGUGAGAAGCAGUCAGGGGGACAACAGGGAACAUGGAAGCAGCCUCAUCGCACACAAACAGGCCUGUGACAUGCAUUUUCCAGCAGAAGCAUCUUUCCAUCACAAAGUUCUUCAUGAGCAGCGUACAGCAAGAACGAGCAGAGCUUUGAGACAUGGGAGCCUUUACCCCAGACGCCCACCCACAUCAGCAGUGACUCCUCUACGUAGUCAGGUGUUAAAUGAAGCAUACAACAGAUGACAGCCCUCUACGAGCGUUCAUGUUAACUCCUCUGUUCUGCUGCUGGAAUCAGAGCGACGGUCUGAGGAAUUCUCUGCAGAGGGAACAGCUUUCACGCUCCUUCAUGAAGGCUCACUUCAGGCUCCUCCGCUGCUGCGUUGCUCUGAGGAUUUGGCUCGCUGAAGUUGAGCUGAACUGCAGAGCAGCACAUCAAAGCCCCACCCUCUGUGAGUCUGCCAGAUGUCCCGUGGUCAUUUUUAAACUCACACCCCGGCGCAUGACAUGGAGCGCCCUGUUUCCCCUGAGCUGGGGUGACCAGAGACAGAGAGAGGUGAAGGAGUGAAGGCAGGAGGCCUGUCAAAGCAGGUCCAGACCAGACCUGGACCCACAGUGCACAGCCUCACAAGCAGGUGAUACAACAAAUCACAUGGACACAACAGCUAUUCUAGAAGAUAUAAAGCCACAUAAUGUUCACUUGAGUGCGGUUUUGUUAACAAGAGUACGAAAUAUAGGGUGAAGUCAGGUAAUUUGGGACGCUUUUGGUAGAUUACCAAGAAAACCAUCUAAAAUUCUGAAGUGUUACUAUUAGAACUUGUUAUGGAUCUCUGAUAUGUUUCUAUAAAGAAAAUAUGUUGCUGAGUAAAAUACUAGAAACUUUGAACCCUCAAACACAUCAAGAACCUCGACCUCACUCCAAUGACGUGUUCAAGUAACAAGUCACAAAAUUGGCCGACUGAAAAUUGUAGGCUAAUUAGGCCUGUAAAUUCCUUACAGUCCUAAUUAUCCUACAAUUUGCAAUCUUUUUCUAAUGAAUAGUUAGGUUACAUUAAUGAUUUGAUGAAUUGAUGACUGAACUGAUUAAUAGAUUUAACCAUUUAAAAAACAAAUAUGAAAUACAAUUGUUCCAAAACCUGUAAUAUGACAAGGUGGCACACAAUAGCAUAGUAACUCUAACUCUUAACUCAUAGCAAUUUAUGGCACCUGGUAGCCUAGAAACAUGCUGGUUUCACUUCAGUCCCAUUUCGGCUUAAUUUUUUGGUCCCAGUUUACCUAAUGCAUUGAGGUAAAAUGGGACAGUCACUCAAAACCCUUUCCCAUAAAAAGUAAAGUGUAUUGUGAUAAUAUUUUGAUUAUAAGUAAGUGAACACUUAAUAAAAUGCAACAUCCUACAACCAUUUUGGUGUUAUACUCUUAUUGUUUUAGCUGCAGUACCCGUAUUACCAAAAAGAGAAAAUCAACAUGCCACAUGGCCUAACUUUUAAGUUCUGGGACCAGUGAUUUUUUUUAAUCUUUGCUCCGCCCAUCCUAGUUAUCUCAGACCAAUCAAAAUGAUGGUUUCAUGUAAAGGACAUUUGUUGCAACAAUGCAAUAACAUGACAGGAAGAGAUUUGGUGAUUGGCUGCUAAUAUUCAAAGAGCCCAAGAUGCAAAACCUUAUUUGUCCCAUUUUACCUGAUGUCCCAAAUUACCUGACUUCACCUGAUACUGUGCUUCCUAAUGAGAUGCCUUCCACCCAGUGCAUGCUGUGACAGGCUCAGCUUCCCAUGACUAGCCCGAAACAAGUCCUAAUGUUCACAAGAGACACAGCCACACAGAUUGAAUGCAGUGAAACAAUUACUGUACCGCUUACAGGUUAACUCCAGCAGUCUCUUGUCUCUUUGUUGCAUGCUGACGUCAUCACGUGUUGGAGUGUCCCACUGAGACAUAAAGCAGGAGGUUAGACGUGUGGUCUUCUCUGUACCGCCACCUUAACAAGCCCCCGGGCUGCACUCCGAGGGGAGCUGCACAUCAAAUCUGUCUUUCCUUACCUCAGCUAGAGGUAUGAUGAGUGAUCUCCCAGAGCAGGGAUCCCCCUCUCCUCCCCCACACAGCGACUCCCCUCCCAUCUCUCUCUGCCACGGCGGCCAGCCCAUGCGUUGCAGUCAUCAGCCUCCGGGUCUGCACAUGCAGAGCAGGCCUGACACUCAGCUGGAGCUGUGAGUUAUUGUCUCGGCUGGAAAAUGAAUGCAUCCUGCGUGGCUUCUAAACGGCUUGAUGGAAAUAUAAGCUCAGCUAUUCUCGCAGUGAACGGCAGAGGGCAACGCCAACAAUCUGCUCUCUGUUUCCCCAAACUGGGCUACAGGUCAUCGCCUUGAUGCUUCACAAAGGACAUCAAAAACAACACGCAGCCAGGCCUUUGGACUGAAGGUCUGGUGUCACUGGAGCGCCUCUCCGCGGGAGAACAGUCCGAGACGUGCAUCAUGCUGGACGGCAUAAAAAUUGAAGAUCAUCCCCUGCGAUCGGGACAAGCCACGCUCGGAAUCAUGCUCGGGACUGAAUGUCAUCAUCCAUCCGUGUGUGAAGGAUGCCAGCGUCCCAUCUCCGACCGCUUCUUGAUGAGAGUCAACGAUUCCUCAUGGCAUGAGGAGUGUUUGCAGUGCACCGUGUGUCAACAGCCUCUCACCACCAGCUGUUACUUCAGAGAAAGGAAACUUUACUGCAAACACGACUACCAACAGUUGUUUGCGACCAAGUGCAGCGGCUGCAUGGAGAAGAUCGCCCCCACGGAGUUCGUGAUGCGCGCUCUGGAGUGCGUCUACCACCUGAACUGCUUCUGCUGCUGCGUGUGCGACCGCCAGCUGAGGAAAGGCGACGAGUUUGUCCUGAAGGAGGGUCAGCUGCUGUGCAAGAUCGACUACGAGAGGGAGAAGGACUUACUCAGCUCGGUCAGCCCGGAUGACUCAGACUCAGAGAAAAGUGACGAUGAGGAGUUGGACAUCAAGCCGGAGAAAGGUAUAGGAGGCCAGGGGAAGGGGGAUGAUGGGAAGGAUCCCAGGAGGCCCAAAAGACCACGAACCAUCCUGACCACCCAACAGAGACGGGCCUUCAAGGCCUCCUUUGAGGUGUCCUCAAAACCCUGCAGAAAGGUGAGGGAGACGCUGGCCGCAGAGACAGGACUCAGUGUUCGGGUGGUCCAGGUGUGGUUCCAGAACCAGAGAGCUAAGAUGAAGAAGUUGGCAAGAAGACAGCAGCAACAACAAGAACAACAGAAUUCUCAGAGACUUGGCCAAGAAGUAAUGUCCAAUCGGAUGGAGGGGAUGAUGAACUCCUUCACACCGCUGGCUCCGCCGCAGCAGCAGCUGGUCGCCAUGGAUCAGAACGGUUAUAGCACAGACCCGUUCCAACAGGGGCUCACCCCCCCACAGAUGCCCGGGGACCACAUGAACCCAUAUGGUAAUGAUUCUGCAUUCCAUGACAUCGACAGCGACACGUCUUUAACCAGCCUCAGUGACUGCUUCAUGGCGUCAUCAGAAGUCAACUCCAUGCAGGCCCGUGUGGGGAACCCCAUCGACCGCCUCUACUCCAUGCAGAACUCUUAUUUUGCGUCAUGAAAGAGAAGAGCCAAGAACGUCAGCACAGAAUAAACUGCCCAUCUCAAACCUAAAGCGCAGCGGCCAGGAGUUUCUACACUAACACGGACACGGCAGAAGAAACACCUCCUUGCAGUAGCUCCUGGCCUUGUGCAGAAGCUUACUCAAAGAUAGUAAAAACCACUUGUAGGACAGUGAAGAUUCCUGGGGAAGACUUGUUAAUUGUUAGAGAUUAUUCAGUAGGAUCGCUUAUCUGUCACAGGAGAUAUUACUCUUUACUUUGUUCACUUAAAGAAAACAAGUAGAUAUUGAAGCCACUGAUUAAACACUCUCAAACCAAAUAACACAGUGAAUUUAUACAGUGCAUGAUCAAUUGUAAACUAAAACUUUUUGUAAGCCCCCCCACCCCCUCAUUCCUCCCUCCCCUCGGUUAAGAUGUGGUGUUUGGACUGUUUCUUCUUUACACUACAUGGAUUUCCAUGUUCACCGUUAGCAUUUUGAUCACUUUCAAUAGGUUUAGAUAUUGUGUUAAUAGUAAAUAGGUGCAGCAUGUCUGCAAGAGUGACUGUACAUUUGUGUAUGUAUGAGAGUUGGCGGUGAGAAAGAAUCGUUUAGAGGUUAGAAAAAAGGCGGAGAAUUUGGUGGUCGAGUAGGAUCAGUGAAGUGUAAAUACUUUCCCCAGGCAAAUUGGAUGUGCAUGUUAAAAAUGGAAAGCAUUCUAUUUAUUUAACUAUAACAGGCUCUUGAAGGUACAUAUUAAAACUGAAAAGCUUUAUUUAAAAAGGAGAGCAUUUUUGUUUUUGUUGAGCAAUUAGUGAGUUCAUGAGUGUCACCACUCAUCUGUAUGCCUUUUUAAUAUGAAGAUUAACCCUUUUGUUUUUGUUUUUUCUUCAGCCAAGCUGUAAAUGAGCAAUGUGCUAUUUAUUUCGUACAGACCAUAAACCUUUUGUUGUCAUUGUCAUAUGUGCAUUCUCAAAAUGUUAAAGUUGCUAAUUGACCAAAGUUGACUGGUUUGAUGAAUAAACAAUGUCUUUCUCCUGAUAACAUUAAAUAAA